CCCUCUCAAAGGCUAAGGGGUACGGUUCAGUCGUGGACCAUGGUACUUUCUGAGGAAUCAAUGCUUGUGGGCAAGUGCUCACUCAAGCGUUGGUUAUAGGUUACAGUCUCGAAUAUAGAGUAAUAAACCUUUGUCACUAGGGCACUCUAUAAUACAUAGUGUAGAUUUUUCUAUAUUAGGCGAGUUUCAGCCUGUUGAAGAUCAAAAAUUAUUCUCAAGUUUAAGGCCUUGCAAACCCACAAAUCUCCAUUUGUUCCUCUCCAUAGCCAACGCUAUAUUGGUAGGAAGUUCUUAACACAACAGUACUACAGGUUUUGAGUACCAUAUAUUUCAUAAAGACUCUAAUAGUUACAAGCAAAAGAGAAGAGAAGAGAGUGGUGUCAUUAUCAUCACUAUAAUAGAGCUUUGCACAUGCAGAUUCAAAUUAACUAAGGAAGAAUGUGGAAGCUGAAGAUAGGAGAGGGCAAAAAUGACCCUUACCUUUUUAGUACAAAUAACUUUGCGGGAAGACAAACAUGGGAGUUUGACCCGGAGGCUGGCACACCAGAAGAGCGAGCUGAGGUUGAAGAGGCUCGUCAAAAUUUCCACAAAAAUCGACGUCAAUUCCCGGCUUGCGGUGAUCUUCUCUGGCGAAUGCAGUUUUUGAGGGAGAAAAACUUCAAACAAGCAAUUCCCCCAGUUAAGAUUGAGGAUGGAGAGAAAAUCACACAUGAAAAGGCCACAAGUGCAUUGAGGAGGGCUGUCCAUUUCUAUGCGGCCUUGCAGUCUUGUCAUGGCCAUUGGCCUGCAGAAAAUACUGGCCCCUUGUUUUUUCUUCCUCCUCUUGUAUUAUGUUUUUACAUUACAGGACAUCUUAAUACUGUCUUCCCAGCUGAGUAUAAAAAAGAAAUUCUUCGUUACAUAUACAAUCAUCAGAAUGAAGAUGGUGGAUGGGGAUUUUACAUAGGAGGCCACAGCAUCAUGUUUUGCACAAUUCUUAGCUACAUCUGUAUGCGAAUACUUGGGGAAGGACCUGAUGGUGGUCAGGACAAUGCUUGUACAAGAGCAAGAAAAUGGAUCCUUGAUCGUGGUGGUGCAACACACAUAUCUUCUUGGGGAAAGUCCUGGCUUUCGAUACUAGGUGUGUUUGAAUGGGCUGGAACCAACCCAAUGCCUCCAGAAUUUUGGCUUCUUCCUUCAUUUCUUCCCAUGCAUCCAGCCAAAAUGUGGAUCUAUUGUCGGGUGGUGUACUUGCCUUUUUCAUACUUAUAUGGGAAAAGGUUUGUUGGGCCAAUCACACCUCUUAUUCUUCAAUUAAGGGAGGAACUUUACAUUCAACCUUACAGUGAAGUUAAUUGGACCAAAGCACGUCAUCAAUGCGCAAAGGAGGAUAUCCACUAUCCGCAUCCUUGGAUACAAGAUCUACUUUGGGAUAGCCUAUACAUAUUAACUGAGCCUCUCCUCACUCGUUGGCCUUUAAAUCAAUUGGUCAGAAAAAAAGCUCUUCAAGUAACAAUGAAGCUUAUUCACUAUGGAGAUGAAGCUAGUAGAUACAUUACCGCUGGGGUUGUGGAAAAGGCGUUGUGUACGCUUGCUUGUUGGGUUGAAGAUCCAAAUGGAGAUUCUUUUAAGAAGCAUCUUGCUAGGGUGAAAGAAUUCAUAUGGGUUUCUGAAGAUGGAAUCAAGGCGCAUAGUUUUGGUAGUCAAUCAUGGGAUACGGGUUUUAGUAUUCAAGCUCUUCUAGCUAGUGAUCUCACUAAUGAAAUUGGACCAGUAUUGGCUAGAGGGCAUGACUUCAUAAAAAAAUCCCAGGUUAGGGACAAUCCUUUUGGAGACUUCAGAAAAAUGCUUCGUCACAUUUCUAAAGGAUCAUGGACUUUCUCUGAUCAAGAUCAAGGAAUACAAGUUUCUGAUUGCACUGCAGAAUGUUUGAAGUGCUGCUUGCUUUUUUCAAUGAUGCCACCUGAAGUUGUUGGUGAGAAAAUGGAGCCUGAGUGCUUGUUUGAUGCCGUAAAUAUCCUACUUUAUUUACAGAGUAAGAAUGGAGGUUUCUCUGCUUGGGAGCCCGCAGGAGCUCAAGAUUGGUUGGAAUUGUUUAAUCCCACAGAAUUCUUCGAGAGUAUUGUCGUUGAGCAUGAGUAUGUUGAGUGCACUGCAUCAGCAAUCCAAGCUUUACUUUUGUUUAAGAAGUUGCACCCUGAGCACAGGAAAAAGGAGAUUGAAAAUUCCAUUCAAAAAGCAGUUGGAUACAUUUUAGACAUACAAAUGCCCGAUGGUUCUUGGUAUGGAAAUUGGGGAAUUUGUUUUAUGUAUGGUACAUGGUUUGCCCUUGGAGCAUUAGCUGCGGUGGGCAAGACCUACAACAAUUGUUCUGCUAUACGUAAAGCUGUUGAUUUUUUACUCAGAACACAAAAAGAUGAUGGUGGUUGGUCCGAGAGUCAUCUUUCAUGCCCAAAAAAGAUAUAUAUACCAGUUGAUGGAAAUCGAUCAAAUUUGGUACAAACUGCAUGGGCAAUGAUGGGUCUUAUUCAUGCCAAACAGGCUGAAAGAGACCCGACACCUCUUCAUCGCGCAGCAAAGUUGAUAAUCAAUUCCCAAUUGGAAAAUGGCGAUUUUCCUCAACAGGAAACCACAGGAGUCUACUUGAAAAAUGCAUGUUGCACUAUUCAGCAUAUAGAAAUGUUUUCCCAUUGUGGGCUCUUGGCGAAUACCGCAAGCUUGUUCCAUUGCCAUCCAAAACUAUGUAACUCAGAGUGGCAUAGGGUGUUCUUAAUUCUUUUACAAUUAUGUACCAUUUAUUUUCUGUCUUAUCCACCAGUACAUUAUAUUUCUUCUAUAACUAAUAAUGUCUGCAUAGAAGUUUAUAAUGGCCACCUAAAUAAAGUGGGAGUAAGGCCUACAAUAUUAUAUUGUACUAGCUUGUAACCCGCACUUACACACAGAACCAUUCAAUAAUUGUGAUGAUGAAAUAUUCAUCUUGGUUUCCA